UUUCUCUUCCAGGAAGAUUCUUCAGUCACUAUGUCAACUGACACAGAUGUUUCUCUUUCUUCAUAUGAUGAAGAUCAGGGAUCUAAACUUAUCCGAAAAGCUAGAGAGGCACCGUUUGUCCCCAUUGGAAUGGCGGGCUUUGCAGCAAUUGUUGCAUAUGGAUUAUAUAAAUUGAAGAGCAGGGGAAAUACUAAAAUGUCUGUUCACCUGAUCCACAUGCGCGUGGCAGCCCAAGGCUUUGUUGUGGGAGCAAUGACCCUUGGUAUGGGCUAUUCCUUGUAUCAAGAAUUCUGGGCAAAACCAAAACCUUAGAAGAAGAGAUGCUGUCGUGGUCUUAUUGGUGGUGCUUGCUUUAGUUAGACGUCUCAUAUUGAGGUUAUAUGUUUAUGUUGAAAAUAAAUCAUUUGAGGGGUCAGAUAAGAACAUGGUAAUUUGAUAUUGGCUUCCUUUCUUGCAGGCUUGAUUUGCCUGGUGACCAAAUUACUAGUGACUAGCUCACUAACUAGGUCAUUCAGGGGAGUCAAAUUAGCACAAAAGAAACGUGUCACUUUUAAAUGUACUUGAUAGUGGUAAAAUGUCCACCUUCUUAAACUCUUCCGAUGAAAUUAGUUGUAAAGAAGACAACAUGCCAAUCCUGAGGUUCUCCCAGUUGCUGCAGAACAUCACAUGCUUUGAUGUUAGGUAGGAAUCCUCUUUACCCCAGUUAAUUUAACUUUUUUCUGCCUGCCUUGUGGACUGAUUGAGUGCUUUGGUUUUUAGGGCUGAUUGGCUAUUGAAGAACCCUUUUAGAAUAGUGCGUGAAAUAUAACAUUAUAAGCCUCCCCACAACUGCCAAUGUGUGUGUGUGUUUUUAAACCAAACCUAAAAAGCUGAUAACAGAGCUGCUUAGAAAUAGUAUUUAUUUCACAAUCAGACACGUAAACAUAAGAGUAACUUAAUUAUGGAUCCCAGUUUAGCUCUUUUGUAAUUGCAGAAGUUAUAUUUUUGCUGCUGUUAUAUUAGAAUAAUUUUUAAAUGUCAUCUUGAAGUAGAAAUAUGUAUUUUCAGUGCUAGUGCACAAGUAAAUGAAAAACCCUUUUUAAAUGUGUGCAGUAUGUUUCAUUUCUCUGUAAGGAUCAUAAAUGUUAAACUCAACAAAUUACCUAUAAUGAAAGUGAUUAAUGAUUUAUGAGCAAGCUGGUUUGGUCAGAUAUUAUACACAAAUUUUGGUAUACUACAGAAUGCUUUAUUGCACUUGUAAAAUUCUCUUGUCUAACCCGAAUUUACAUUCCAUGGUGAUAACAUGGUAAAUGUGGUGUUAUUAAAGAUAAGUGAACACA